UUGUCGACGUCACAUCCGGGGCGCCAAAUCAGCAGCGGCAGAGCGAAGUAAACAAAACCUGUGGUACAAGUUGUGUCAGCGUUCAAAUAGCCAGCAGUCAUGGACCUCAGCCCGUUUGAAGCUAAUAACUCAGUCAGCUGCCGGCUGGUCUCUCAGAUCCCCGAUGUCUGCAGGACGGAGGACUGCUGUCUUGGUAUAGACGAGGCUGGCAGGGGGCCCGUGCUCGGGCCCAUGGUGUAUGGGAUAUGUUUCUGUCCAGUUUCCAAAAAGGAGGAGUUGAAGGACUCGAAAGUAGCAGAUUCAAAGACCCUGUCAGAGGAAGAACGAGAGAACCUUUUCCAAAAACUAGAUGAAGCCAAAAGCUAUGUAGGCUGGGCCUUGCAGAUACUCUCCCCCAACACCAUCUCUACCAGCAUGUUACAGAGGACAAAGUACAACCUCAACGCUCUUUCACAUGAUACAGCCAUUGAUCUCAUACAGUAUGCUUUGGACAGUGGAGUUCAACUAAAAGAGGUUUUUGUUGACACAGUUGGCCCUGCAGAGAAGUAUGAGCAGAAACUAUCUCAGAGAUUCCCGGGCAUUGAUGUGACUGUCAGACCAAAAGCUGACUCCCUCUUCCCCAUCGUCAGCGCGGCCAGUAUCUGUGCAAAGGUUGCCAGGGAUCGUGUUGUGAAAGGCUGGAACUUUACAGAAGACCUGGGCGAAGUGGACACAGAUUACGGCUCAGGAUACCCUAACGACCCCAAGACUAAAGCGUGGCUGCUGAAAUACCUCGACCCUGUGUUUGGUUAUCCUCAGUUUGUUCGAUUUAGCUGGAGCACUGCCCAAACCCUGAUGGAUAGCAAAGCAGUGACUGUCCACUGGGACGAUGACGAAGAGGCUGGGGAGAAGGCAGCGCAGCGGCAGAACAACAGGUCCAUGCUGUCUUACUUCAGCGCCGCAGUUGGAGGCGGCGACCAAAGCGCGCCCCACCAGACGCACCGAUUCUUCACCGAGCGGAAGCUGAAGAGUGUCGACGCCCUCUGAAGACGCUCGUGGGACCCCUUUGCACUGCAAAUAUUCUGCAUAGUGCCGUUUAGAGACAAAAAAAUCCUCAGCAUACUCAUGAAAGGACAGCAUUCAGUGUUUCCAAGUCUUUUAUUUCAACAGUGCCCUCUAGUGGCAACAUAAGUGACUUACAAGAUUUUCAAUAUUGUUUUUUGUAAAGGUGUAAACUCCCCAAAUAAAUUACAUAUGAUAAGCAACACAUUUCAUUUACCAAAAAAAAAGCAUACUGAACAUCUAUGAGAAACUGCGGCUGCAAAUUGGCUCUUUUCUUUGGUUUUCACAUGACAUUUCUGAUGCUACAAUAUAGUAAAAAACACUUCCAAACAGGCAAUCUUGAAGGGAUUUUAACAGAGGAGCUCAGCUUAAAUGUUGCAGAGUGCGAGAGAUGUGCCAUCUGUGAAUACUGUAGUAUAUGAGAAGGUGCACUAUUGUUUUACAUUGUGACGAUUGUGAUGGAAACAAACUUCAAUGUGGUGUCAAGCUCAGCUGUGUUAAAGAAGGCCGUGUUCUAUUUCUGCCACGGAUUCUGAUGGGUAGUCAUAUAGAGCAUCGACAGAAGCAGAAAUUGAACCCCAAAUUAUCUUCAAAUAUCUCACUGUUCACAUAAUAGCCGUAACUGAUAACUAGAUCACAGACACAACUUCCUCCCUUUUGUUUGACAUGUUACAUUGAAGACUAUUACAACAUACGUGAGGUAAAAGGAGUGUGAGGUUUGAUAGGUUUUGUCUGCAUAUUUUUCCCUCUUAAAUAUCGCACCACAGUCUGUAAAGCCAACACGGUACAUUCCUAUCCAAAAGUCGGAGUUGUUCUCUCCCUUCUUGAGCUCUCCCGUGUCCCCGGAGGGAGUCGGUCCUCCUCUGAAUCCUCCAUCUCUUUCACCUGAUCAGAACUUGAAGACACUUCGCACGAAAUAUAACACGCAUCAAACUGAACUACUAAUAGAAAACAAAGGAAGCUCGGCUCUCAGAGCCAAACCGACGUCAGUCCCUGUUGGGUUUUUGCCUGGACUCCUGGAUCUUCUUCCCGCAGUUCAUGGCCAAAGUGGAGACGGCAAACGAAGACAGGAUCACGAUGGAGGUCCCUACGAAGUGAGAUGAGGCUCCUCUGGGGGCUCGCAGGGCUCUCCUGGGGAAGUUCAUUGCGUCCAUGUUUGCAUUGGCAGUCACUGUCUGUGGUGCAGGCUCCAUGGUUGAUGGCUGUGGAUUGGGCCUGGAUGUCAAAUCACGGAAGACGAGGCUUGUACCCGGCGAUCACAAGUGUGCCACAGCCCUGGCAGAAGGUGUCUGGAUCCCUCUGUCCUGAAUGGAUAUGUACAAUCCGUGUUUAGUAGGUCCAUUUAUUACCCACGCUUAUCUUCUUAGCCUUCUGAGGAGGCUGGCUUCCGAGUGCGUCAAUGGGAUUAAAAUAGCU